AUGGAAAACUACAAUCAAACAUCUACUGAUUUCAUUUUACUGGGGUUAUUCCUACCAUCAAGAAUUGGCCUUUUCCUCUUCAUCUUAAUUGUCCUCAUUUUCCUAACAGCUAUGUUUGGUAACCUGUCCAUGAUCCUUCUUAUCCUCCUGGACACCCAUCUCCACACACCCAUGUAUUUCCUACUCAGUCAGCUCUCCCUCAUGGAUCUGAACUGCAUCUCCACCAUUGUCCCCAAAAUGGCUUCCAAUUUUCUGUUUGGAAACAAGUCUAUCUCUUUCAUUGGGUGUGGGGUUCAGAGCUUCUUCUUCUUGACUUUAGCAGGUGCAGAAGGCCUACUAUUGGCAUCUAUGGCCUAUGAUCGUUACAUAGCUAUCUGCUUUCCUCUCCACUAUCCCAUCCAUAUGAGCAAAAGAGUGUGUGUGCUGAUGAUAAUAGGAUCUUGGAUAAUGGGCUCUAUCAACUCCUGUGCCCACACAGUAUAUGCCCUCCAAAUCCCUUAUUGCCGAUCCAGGGUCAUCAAUCAUUUCUUCUGUGAUGUCCCAGCCAUGUUGACUCUGGCCUGCGUGGACACCUGGGUCUAUGAGUACACAGUGUUUGUGAGCACCACCCUCUUCCUAGUGUUGCCUUUCCUUGGUAUUGCAUAUUCCUACGGCCAGGUUCUCCUUGCUGUCUAUCGCAUGCACUCUGCAGAAGGGCGGAAGAAGGCCUAUUCAACCUGCAGCACCCACCUCACUGUGGUGAUUUUCUACAUUGCAACUUUUGUUUCCACUUAUCUACGCCCAAGAUCCCUCCGAUCUCCAACAGAGGACAAGGUUCUGGCUGUGUUCUACACUAUCCUGACCCCGAUGCUCAACCCCAUUAUUUACAGCCUAAGAAACAAGGAGGUGAUAGGAGCCCUGAGAAGAGCGAUUCAGAGAAUCCACUCUGUGGAAAUGUAGACAAACUAUCUACGUUAGUCACCAAAGCUCAGUUUCACAUCAAUUCA